GCAAAACGUAAGAAGGUGACGUAUAUGUGCUACGUGUCCAGGAAGUUCUGUAGUCAACAUGGCGGCGCAGCAGGGAGAUGUUGAUGAGCUGUUCGAUGUGAAAAAUGCAUAUUACAUCGGCAGCUAUCAGCAGUGCAUCAAUGAGGCGCAGAAAGUGAAGCCGUCGUCACCAGAAAAGGAGAUCGAGAGGGACAUGUUUUUGUAUAGAGCGUACAUUGCUCAGAGAAAGUAUGCUGUUGUCCUGGAUGACAUCAAGGCCAACUCUCCCCCCGAGCUGCAGGCUGUGAAGAUGUUUGCAGAGUAUUUGUCGAGUGAGAGCAAAAGGGACGUAAUCGUUGCCGAUUUGGACAAAAAGAUGGCAAAGAGUGUGGAUGCUGCCAACACCACCUUCCUACUCAUGGCUGCCUCCAUCUAUUACCACGAGAUGAAUACUGAUGCUGCCCUCAGGACUCUGCACCAAGGAGAAAGCCUCGAGUGUAUGGCCAUGACCAUUCAGGUGCUCCUGAGCUUGGAUCGUGUUGACCUGGCGAGGAAAGAGCUGAAGAAGAUGCAGGAGCAGGACGAAGACGCUACCCUAACCCAGCUCGCAACAGCCUGGGUUAACAUUGCUGUGGGUGGAGAGAAGCUGCAGGAUGCCUACUACAUUUUCCAAGAGAUGUCUGACAAGUACUCUUCUACACUGUUGCUCCUCAAUGGCCAGGCGGCCUGCUACAUGGCUCAGAACAAGUGGGAGGAGGCUGAAGGAGUGCUGCAGGAGGCGCUUGAUAAGGACAGCAGCCACCCUGAGACACUGAUCAACCUCAUAGUGCUGACCCAGCACUUGGGCAAAGCUCCUGAGGUAACCAGUCGAUACCUCUCCCAGCUGAAAGAUGCACACAGAGCCCACCCGUUCCUCAAAGACUAUUUAGCUAAGGAGAACGAGUUUGACAGACUAGCCCUGCAGUACGCUCCCACAGCUACAGCAUAGAGCAUCUGCUCGUACUGAGGAGGCACUCUAACAAUGGACGGACUUCAGACCCAGCUUCUCCCUUUCAUUUAAACGUGUACUGUGCUUUGGUAUUUUUUGCUCUGAAACUUUGGUUAUAAUAUUUAAACCACACUAGAUGUCACAAUUUCCCGUGGGGACAGACCAACGCCUCUUUCUUUUGCUAUCCAUUCUUGAAAAUUGCAUUUCUUUUACAACACAUCUGUGUAAUGCAAGCAUUCCUUUGAAAUGAUAAUAAACGUGUGACACCCCG